AUGAAGACUUGUGACGUCUUGAAUGGUGCCCUGCUCGCUGCUACUGCAUUCCUUGCUCAGGGAGAGCCGUGGAAGACAAAGCUGAUAGGCCUUAAGCAAGUGGAGCCGUUUCCUGAGCCGGAGGCCACGACAAUUGGCGACAAGGCGGGCGUCAAGUUCAAACCUCAGAUCCACGUAUCUGCAGGAUGCCCCUCGUAUCCCGCUGUGAAUGCGGCGGGUGAGACGACUUACGGCGAUUGGAUCGAGGAAACCGCCGAUGUCAAGUGCGAGGAGCUGAAGGUGAAGUCUCAAGUCUAUGGGCGCUCGACUUGGCAUCUGGAAAAAUUUGCGGUCAUGUACACAUGGCACUUCCCGACAUCCCCGAAUUACACUGAGCGGUACGACUGGGAGCACGUCGUUGUGUGGCUCAAUAACCCUGCAGUAGCAAACCCGACGCUCGAGGCUGUGUCGAUUUGGAGCGAAGGUAAAAAAGCAUACAUCAAAGCCGCUCCGCCUGAUGCUAAGUUUAUGGACGGGUCAAGCGUCAAACUCGAUAUAGGGGUGGAUGGUCAGGCCCGCAAGCUCAGCUUGUCACCUUUGGCUGGUCAGUUCCAACCUCUGAUCAUGUGGGACCAGAUGCCGAACGAUACCCGUUCCGCUCUCGAUGCAACUAAGUGGUAUGGCUUGUUCAUUCCCCUCAGCGACUCUCGAUUGACGCUCGCUUUGGACAACGCCUGGCCGUUUGCUCCAGUGGCACCACCGCCUCUACUGAUAUCAACAUCUCCGAAACAACCGCCUUCCUCUGAUUAA